UCAAGAGCACAUUUAGAGACAGCACCCGAUCAAAUCAUGACUCCAAACAUUAUUACCGAAGCUCAUUCCCACUCAUUCGGUUCUCGAAUGACUGUGGCUCAAAGAAAAGAGGCACAUGAAUUGAGAAAGACUCUCAAGCCAUUGAUGGAAAAAAGAAGGCGGGCUCGCAUUAACGAGAGCCUCAAUCACUUAAAAACACUUAUACUCCCUUUGGUCGGCAAAGACGCUUCACGCUAUUCAAAGCUGGAGAAAGCUGACAUUCUCGAAAUGACUGUGCGGUUCCUCAGAGACCUGCCUUCCUCAUCAGCUAAAGGUCAAACAGGCAGCUAUAAAGAGGGAUAUAAAGCAUGCUUGCAGCGCAUCUCUGCGAUGCUGCCGCAGUCUAACCUCGAAACAGAAACCCGUCAGCGCGUCAACGAGUUCAUCCAGCACUCCACGGUGUCUGCGACGUCCUCCUGCCAGAACUGCUGUUCUCAGAACUCCAGAAUGAUUUCACAAAUGCACCAGAGACUUGUGAGCUUGAGGAACAGCAGCUCUGCAACAGAGAAGCACUCCAUCAGUAGCGCUUCAGCUCCCAGUCAACCUCAGCCUGUGCCACAAGCAGCUGUGCACAUGUGGAGACCCUGGUGACCAAACAAAAGCCUUCGGGGAAAUUGUUUAGUAUUAACUCUGCAUAUUAUUUAUUUGUCAUAGUAGGUUUUAGUUAAAAUGUAAAGCCUGUGAUGGAGAUUACAUGUAAGGAAUUUAAGGAAAUGCUGCUUUGUAAAUGAAAGAAAGCCAGCGAGCACAGAUCAUGCUGUCUUCAUGAAUAUAACGUUAUGCAAUCCUCGCUGGGGGUUUAAAUACUAUGGGUUGUAAUCAACAAAAUUGUAAACCCCAAGGGUUAAAAUGUAUUUCUGAGGUUUGCACAAUUUAAUUGAUUUCAUUUGGUCUGUGCAAAGAAAUCGUAAACACUGUGUGUUAUUUAUUAAUGGCAAAAUGAAUGUCCCUGAAGGAAGCAUAAUCACAAAAUAUUAUUGUGAAUCAACAGAAAAAUAAAACCUUUUUGCUUUGAAA